AGUAAUGAUAUGAUCAGUUACAUUUUUCUACUGGUGCCUCACCUGCAGCCUGGCAUUACAUUGGCAUAUGUGGCGGCUUCACAUUCAUCCUGCUGCAGCUGGUGCUUAUUACUGCCUUUGCUCAUUCCUGGAACAAGAACUGAGCAACCUCGCUCUGGCCUUCUACAAGCCUCUAUCAUCAGCUGCUAUAUCAUGUACCUGACAUUCUCUGCGCUGUCCAGCCGUCCUCCAGAGAGUGUAAUCCUUCAAGGACAGAAUCACACUCUGUGCCUGCCUGGCCUGAGUAAAAUGGAAUCCCACACACCAGAUACUUCUCUGGCAAUGAUGAGUGCUGGCAUCAUGUAUGCUUGCGUGCUUUUUGCUUGCAACGAGGCUUCUUACCUGGCUGAGGUAUUUGGGCCCUUGUGGAUUGUCAAGGUUUACAGCUAUGAGUUCCAGAAGCCCUCGCUCUGUUUCUGCUGCCCUGAAACAGUGGAGCCAGAGGAAGGGCCAAGCAGUGUGGCUGCCAGGCCAGCUGACCAAGAGACCUCUCCAGCUCCUCCAGUGCAAGUCCAGCAGCUUUCCUAUAGCUAUUCUGCCUUCCACUUCGUCUUCUUCCUUGCAUCACUUUAUGUCAUGGUUACCCUCACCAACUGGUUCAGCUAUGAGGGAGCAGAGCUGGAAAAGACCUUCACCACAGGUAGCUGGGCUACCUUCUGGGUCAAGGUUGCCUCAUGCUGGGCCUGUGUACUCCUCUAUCUGGGGCUGCUACUAGCACCAUUCUGUUGGUCCCCAACCCCGGACCCCCAGCAUCCUAUCUUCAGGCGACAUUGUCAUCGUGUCAGUAUUGCCAAAUGACAAAUAUCCAAUCUAGGUACUUUUCAUAAACUGGAAUUCCCUUGAACUGGAGUUACCAAGUCUUAACUCACAGGAACUGUCCAGCCCAACAGAUUCCUCAAAGACACAAUGGGAAGUUACCUCCCUUUAAGUUGAAGUCAGUAGUUACAUCUGACUUGAAAAAAGUGGCCACACACACCCUAAUACCCUGGGCAGAGUAUCUGACUCACUGGAGCUACCGUUACUUCUUCAACCCAGCUGAAGAGCCUGUUUCCAAGUCAGCAGCUCAGGAAUCACUGCUAACCCAGCAGACAGUGUGGCACCAGUUCAUUCCUGGCUCUCAUGGUAGAGAUGGGGGCAGGGAAAGACCAAAGGAGACCAAAGACUUACUUGGCUUUGCCUUUGGUGAUAAAAAGGAAAACAGAAGUCCAACCCUGAGUACAGGGAUGUAAGAAGCCCAGAACCCUAGAACAAACCAGGACAUAGGAAGAAAGGCGCACAGAGACUACCCUCAGUUUUAAUCCUGAUGUUGAGGUCAAAGGAAAUGGGAAGACAAAAUCUACCCUCAUUCCAUGAGGAAUGACAGAAGAGAAUGUGAACACUUGAGAGCAGCUAACCAUGGGAACUCCGUCAACAGCAGGGUCUGGGCCAACUUUCAAGCAUAGGAACAAAGUGAGGAAGAAUGAGGAAGAGGGAGCAUAAAUUUAGGUCUUGCAGCCUUCCUUCUCAGGACCUCAACUCCAUCCUUAGGAUGAUGUCUCAGGUCUGAGUGAGUGACAAAAACCACAAAAAAGAAGUCCCUACAGCUCUUAAGAGGAUAUCUCUACCACACACCCAAUACUUGUCUGUCUGUUGCAGUACAAUAAAGAAUUUUUCUGUGAUGUUUA